UGCUCAUUGUAAAUGACAGUGAGUUUUUUAGCAUUAUGUGGUGUGUGUUAUUGAACUUUUGUUGUUUAUUUAAUGUUUUGUGUUAAAUUAAACCGUAUUUUGGUGUUCAAUACAAGCGUGACUAAAGCUUUGCUACCAAGCAGUAUUUGAUUUCCAAGCAAUGCCGUCCAUCACCAGGAGAUGAAAUGGGUUCCUUAUGGUUUGAUUUUUUUCAGACAAUGGCUUCGAUUUACCAAAGCUAACAACAAAAGAUGUCGAGACCAUUCCAGUUUUACACCGUUGAGGUGGGUGACACAAAGUUUACUAUUUUGAAGAGAUACCAAAACUUGAAGCCUAUAGGCUCAGGAGCCCAGGGUAUCGUCUGUGCUGCAUUGGACACAGUGACUCAACAGAAUGUGGCAAUCAAAAAACUCAGCCGACCUUUUCAAAAUGUUACACAUGCCAAAAGGGCAUACAGAGAAUUCAAACUCAUGAAGCUAGUAAAUCACAAGAAUAUAAUUGGUCUGUUGAAUGCCUUCACUCCUCAAAGAACUCUUGAGGAAUUCCAGGAUGUCUACUUAGUUAUGGAAUUGAUGGAUGCCAAUCUUUGUCAAGUCAUUCAGAUGGAUUUGGACCACGAAAGAAUGAGUUAUCUGCUGUACCAGAUGCUUUGCGGCAUUAAACACUUACAUUCGGCUGGAAUCAUACACAGAGAUUUAAAACCAAGCAACAUAGUUGUGAAAUCUGACUGCACGCUGAAGAUUUUGGACUUUGGUUUGGCCAGAACUGCAGGAACAACUUUCAUGAUGACACCGUAUGUGGUGACUCGAUACUAUCGUGCCCCGGAAGUUAUCCUAGGGAUGGGUUACACAGAGAACGUGGAUAUCUGGAGCGUUGGAUGUAUCAUGGGCGAGAUGAUACGUGGAGGUGUCCUGUUUCCUGGCACAGAUCACAUCGAUCAAUGGAAUAAAAUAAUCGAACAACUGGGUACGCCCUCUCAUCAGUUCAUGGUGCGACUGCAGCCAACAGUUCGCAACUACGUGGAGAACAGACCGCGUUUCCCGGGCUUCACCUUCGAGAAACUCUUUCCGGACGUGCUAUUUCCUUCCGACAGCAGCGAACACAACAAACUGAAAGCUUGCCAGGCCAGAGACUUGCUGUCCAAGAUGCUAGUCAUCGAUCCACAGAGUAGAAUAUCUGUGGACGAUGCUCUGCUCCAUCCUUACAUCAACGUCUGGUAUGACGAGCAAGAAGUCAAUGCGGUAAGUCCAAAUCCGGCACCUGGUCCUUACGACCACAGCGUUGACGAGAGAGAACACACCGUCGAACAGUGGAAAGAGUUGAUCUAUCAGGAAGUUAUGGAAUACGAAAAUUCGCAUGGAAGGGCAUCUUCAAGUUCACAACUAAGUCCGGCUGUCAAUAACGAACCAAAUGGUUACUGAUUUUGAAGCACAAAUUCAUCUUUACCUAGGCUAAUCUUAAAUGAACUUAUAUAAUGAUUAUUAUUAUAAACACCGGCAAGCUAGCUAUUCACAGUAAGAAAAAAAUUGGUUAUACGAAAUACCGAUACCUUACUAUAUAGACCCCACUCCUUAUCAGUAAAUAAACAAACUAUAUUGUUUACUUAGUAGGUGUGUGAUAUAAUAAUGAAAACAGUUCCGAUUUGCUGUCAUUGUCAGUUUUUUUUAAGAGAAACAAGAUCGGAAAUUAAUAAUCGAUUAGUUAGUAAAGUUGGCAAUUCAGCUUAAAAAGAGUUCAAUAUUACCGUUAUUAUUAUCCAGAUGGUGUAUUGUUGAAAACUUGUAAUUUAACUUAGCAAGAUUAUUUUUGGAGCAAUAAUAAUCUCUCGAUCUCAACCACUCUCAUUUCAUUUAUUUUUGAAUAAAGUUGAUAAUUGCUAUAGUCUUCAAUGGCAGAAACUACCGAAAAAAACACUGAAAAUUUAUGACGAUUCGACCUUUUUUAUAGUCGCUCAAGGUUUGAAAAAAACUGACGAUGAGAGCAAAUUGUUUUAUCUUGUAAUAUAAAUGAAUAGUCUCUCAAUUUUUGAAGCUACGAUUUGAUUACGGUCGUUCGUAUUAUUUAUUUAUCGGUUAUUAUUGAAAAUAGAUCAUAACUUGUUAUUUUUGUAUGUGUUGAUGUUUGUGUUUUCAUUUUUAUAAUAGUUACUUAGUCUUAGGGAAUUUCUCUUGUUAGAGAGACGUAGUGACAAACAACAGAAAGUGUUCUGAAGCACUAAAGUUUAUUCUAAGCUGAACAAAAACAAAUUCUGUUCUAAUUAUAGUGUUCGUAAUAUUGUAAAAGGCAUCCGAUCCAAAAAUCUUGAAUUCUGUAAAAAUGAUACUUCGUAAUAAUGUUUCGUACAUUAAAAUGAUGAAUUGAA